AUGUCUAACCAGGAGGAGAAGAUGCCCCACGGAAGCGCCUCGCAGAUUGCGGCUAUGCUGGAUCUCAAGGCUCAUCCGGAAGGGGGGUUCUACUCCGAGACCUUCCGGGAUAAUUCCAUCGUCCUCGCCAAGUCCCAGCUCCCGCCUCAGUGUAUGAGUACUCUAAACUCGUCUCGCCUCCCCAAACGUAUGGGAUUUUAUAUUUUUAUCUGUCUGUGGAUCGAUUUGAUUUAUGAGCCUGUCGGCCAUUUCGUCGCUAGUGUUCCUCUUCCUGUUAUAGGGCUCUUCUUGGUCUGAGCUUCGACCACGUGCGAGUGUCCUCGAAGAAAGUUCGCCUCUCUGUUCUGUAUCAUCUGCUGAUCUGGUUUCGAUUGAUCUAAUCGCGUUUUUUGUUGUACGGCAUUUAUUAGUCGCCUCGUCGAAUUCCUCCUCGGAUUUUGCUUGAGUAUUUCAGACCCCGUUUCUGUUCCAAAAUGAUGUUUCCCUUCCGCGAGAUCUCGUUUUCUUAAGAGUUAAAUUAGAGCAUCGAACUCUCUUACGGAAUGCCACAUGAGAACUCGAGUCAUAGAAACCUCCUCCAUGACAAUUAGCAUCUACAAUUACAUUAAAAUUCAGGGGCUGCCUAGUUUUUCUGCAAUAGAUCGCAUUCGAUCUAUUGCAGAAAAAAUAGGCGGCCGUGUUAGAAAGCGCAUCCUCCUCCUCCUCCUUUUUUACCCUGCACAUUAAUGUUUACUUAAUUAGAUCUAGUGCUCUAGUGCUCGAAUGCGAUGGCAGAAACAGGGAGUCAAAUCUAUUUAAUGCAAUCUCAGAGAGAGCUAAAACUAAUUGAGUAGAAAUGCGCCAAGCAAAUUGCUAGGUGACUGAAAAAAGGACUGCCAGCGGUCCCCUGGUGGCUAAGAAAAUGGUGUCUGUGUGCAUGGAAAAGGGGCAUUCUAGCGAUCCCUGGGAAUCAGCUUGGCUUGGGCUUAUCAGAAGAUCAUAGAAAGAGGCCUGGAAAUAGGAUGACCGGGAGGGUGGUGAAAUAUCGACCAUGGAAUUGUCUGAGUAUCUGACGACAUGAAAGAGGGGAUGCAAAGAUCUCCAUGAGAAUUCUGACAGAACCCUUCACUCUAACCCAUUGACGGCCGAAAAUGGCAAUCUUCUUCAUCAUCGCUCCACCCAUAUUCUAAGCUUUUACCUUCGCAAGCCACUUAAUGAAGACGAUGCUAGAUGGAUGAAUGAGAUGGACCGUGUUUGGCCUUUCAUCGGAUGGGCCCUCGCAGACAAGGUGGACCGUCCCAUCAGCACAUCGAUCUACUUCCUGCUGCCAUCGGGAAACGUCUCGCACCUCCAUCGCAUCCCCUGCGCCGAGACCUGGCACUUCUACUCCGGCGAACCUCUCACGGUGAACUAACUAACUUAAAACUACUGGGGUCCCCUUCCGCUCCAUCUUUCUUGUCCAAAGUUUUAUUUCUGAGAGAUACCCAUCUCACCAAUCCUCGUCCUCUGAUCUCCCCGCCCCAACAGGUCUUCGAGCUCCAAGACAAUGGGGAGGCGAAGCUCACUGUCCUGGGCACAGACCUGGAGUCUGGUCAGGUCCCCCAGUACACCGUCCCGCCGAUGACAUGGUUCGGCUCCUUCCCCACCAAGGACAUGGAAUCAUGCGACGGGAAUUCGCUCCUUCUGGCUCCCAAGAGGGACCCCGAGCGCCAUUACUCUCUGGUCGGCUGCACCUGCGCCCCAGCUUUCCAGUUUGAAGACUUUGAGAUGGCCUCUUACGCAGGGGUUAUCUCCCUCGCCGUCCCCACGGCCGAGCCCUUCAUCCGCUACCUCACGGCGUAG